GCCCCGGUCUGCUGCCAUCCACCCAUUGAUGAGUAAAAUAGAAACACAAUCUUCCGCAUAGCCGUUGCCCGAUCUAUGUCUGUUGGAAAUUAUCUCGUGGGACUCUUGACGCCAAAUAAGCCAAUGAAAGCCAUAGACCAGGGUCUGAUUGGAUGCACAGCGACAGAAGAGAAGAGAGUCCUUGCUUGCAAAGACUUGCAUUGCAGUAUCUGAAGUAAAAAAAAGUCUUGUUUUCUUUUGUUUCUUCCGUUCUGCAUUGGAUUCUGCACCUGCACCGAGUAGGUCCCUACCUAGCGAUAAGAUAUUGGCUGUCAGUAGCUGGCUGACUUACCCAGCUAACUUGAUCGGAAACUGGGGACGACACGACCUUCUUGGAGAUAUUUCUCACAUCUUCCCAAUAAAGCUUUUGCACAUCUCGAGAAACCGUUGACAUCCCCCACCACAUACAACCGCACAACCGCACAACCGUACAUGCACGCCAUACCACAACCUCCAAGCUUCCACAUCCAAAUUCAACAUCUCGUCCUAUCAACCGUGGAUCUGAUACGGUGCCUCUCUCACCCAACCUUUAUGAGGUAACAAACGCCAAAAUAACAUAGCCUCGUCUGUGAAGAUGGCCCAUUUUGACGCUUAUGGUCGCCCUCUACGAGGCGAUUCAGGGCUGCAAUAUGGCUAUGAGACCUACCAGACGUACGAUUUCAAUGAUCCCAACAGGCACAUGCCUGCCUAUUCAACCCCCUCGACCUCGAAUAGAUAUCCUGCCGAAUCUCGAGAUUUACCUUAUGCUUCCCAAAGCGCAUCAAGUGUACCACCACAUUCACCACAACAGUCAUACCCACCGAGCAAUAAUAUGGGAACAGCACAUGGCUCCGACCGUGGCACUGCUGUAGAUCACGAUGCAGUAUCGCCGGAGAUCAUUGCAGCAAUCACGGAAAAGGUUAAAAGAGAACUCUUCGAGCAUCUGAAGCAAACAGGCUCCAUUGAUGACCAACCGCGAGCCUCGUAUAUGCAACGCGAAUAUUCGGAGAAAUCCAACUCUACAAGUCAAUCUCCUCCCCCUCUAGAUAACCGCAGAGUUUACACCCCCCCUUCACCAACUUCUACCACCAAACCAACCUUUUCCCCUCCACCUACAGAACCCAUGAGAUCUCCUCCUGCAAGCCCUUCCUCGGACAAACCUUCCGUGAGGUUUAAUGAUCGGGAUCGGGAUCGGGAUCGUGUAUAUAAUGAGCGACCGGCGCAGAAAGUUCACCGCACAUACUCGACCAUGGAAUUAUCUACAAUUGAUCAAAAAUGGGGUCGAUUGUUCGAUAAUGAUUCUCGGCCUACGGAAAGGUUGGGGCAGUUCUUGAGAGGGCUUGCGAAUCAUAUUGUCGACGAUUUUGCGCCCAAAAGGAGUAUUGUGAUUACACCUUCGAAAAUGGCAACAUAUUAUAGCUCGUACCCUAUUAAUAACAAGGAAAUACAUCCAUAUGUUUCUAUCUUCAAAAAUUUGUCCAAUACACAAGUUUCGAAGCUAUACCAAGAUCUUGGAUGUCAACAUCACCUCGUCCAAGAAGAUUUCCAUUCAGCUCCUACGGUACCGGCCUUGACUCCACUUGGAUUUGCACAUUGGAUGACGAUUCAAAUUUCCGCUUAUCCUAGCGAAGAAUCAGAGAGGUUAGGAAAAGUUGUCCUAGCUUUACCGAUUAAUGCCGAUGGACAAAUGGUAGAUGGAAAACCGGAGCGUUUACCAAAACAGAUAUCACGCCACUUAUUACCAAAUACCGGAGAUCGCGAAUUGGAGAAACUUAUGAGGACUGCAUUAUCUCACUUCUCUGAUGAAAUUGGCAUUUCUCACAGCAGUAGAAGCAAGCCAACAGCCUCGAGCGUACCACUUCGUCAGACAUCGCCCACCGAUCGAUCACAAUCUCGUUCCGAUGAUACACCUCAACCCAGAGCCUCCUCGUACACAGGUCCUACGAGCAAGCCUAUUGAACGAGAACGCAUGCCUUAUGCUGGAGCCCCUUCAGCCCCAUCUGAGUCGUCAAGCGUCGACGAGGGAUCAAGUGUACCGAUUGAACGUGAAAGAAAACCAUACUCCGCUCAACCUGGUAAUGGCAAGAUUCACACCGAAGCCAGUAAUCCUAAUUUCCCGAACAGGCCUGGGCGGGCGAAUUCUACGAGUCGCGUGAAAGAGCAGGAAGAACGUCAGCGUAGUCGGUCAAGACAUACCCGUAGGCAAAGUAAUGCUAGUCAGGAUAAUUAUAAGCCACCGCCACUAUCGUCUUCCAAACGCAGUCACAGCCCUCAAUUCAAGAGUUACAGUCAUUCUACGCCUACCAAUAUUGAUCUUGGACCUGGUACUUAUGUACCAUCACCUGCCAGUUUCCAAACCUCUUUCGCGCCCUCAUCAUAUGGAUCGGCAAAUUCCUUCCCCCCGCCACCUUCUUCAGAUAUUCGGGACUCGAGAGAUAGGCGACGGGAUGACCGGUCUCACCGCAGAGUAGAAGAUGAUCGUUUCUCGAGUACUACCCAUAUUAAUGAUUUCUCAAGUCCGAGAGAUGCCGAAAAAUGGGAUAGGCUGCACGAAGGACUAGAUUCGAGAAGUAGCGAUUACGACCGUGAUCGUCCCACAAAAUCUACGGGCUCCGCAUAUAGCGAACACACAACUAGGAGCUCUUAUAUGGAACCCGCGGUCGGCGCUGAUUAUGAGGAUUGGUAUCGAGGUAGUGGAUUAGACAAGAGAAACAGUAUGUAUUACUGAUGUGUUGUGGGGAAAUAUUGAAACUUCUGGGGAUUAUAUUAACGAAUGACUUUUUAUUGAUUACAUGAUAUCAUAUGAUGGAAUGAGGGAUGACAGAUGAGGUAUAUGGAUUGAUGUUGACGUUGCCGUUUUUAUGUUUUGAAUACGGUCGUUUUUGGAUCUGGAAAAUAACUGGUUUUCCCUUCUAUUUUAAGCAAAGGAUAGGGGGAUAAGAUUUGGAAUUAGGAAUUGGAAUUUGGUUAUGUAGGGACAAGGAAAGGAAUGGUUUCUUGGUAACAUCAUCAAAUAUUGGAUGUAUGUAUUUGUUUUUAGCGUUGAUAUUCUUAGGGUUAUGCAGGUUAGCAAGUACGAUACCAUUAUCAGAAAAUUUAUAUUCGAUUUAUGUUUUUUUGGGCAUUGGCAUUGGCAUUGGUGGCUUUGAUCUUGUUGUGUUUAUUUCGGAUUUGAAUUGAAUGAGAUUGAUUUGAUUUGAUUUGAUGUAAUGUGAUAUGAUUUUAAUUUAGUUGAUUUGUGGGUUGUUUCGUA